AUGGCGGAAUUAGGGGUUUCUUCGGAUUCGAAAUCCUCCGACCGAGAGAUGAUGCAGGAGCAGCUUGUGAAUAUGGGGUUUUCCGAGGCUUUGGCCGCCGAAGCUCUCGAAACCACCGGCGGCGAUAUCAUCAAAGCUACAGAUUGGCUUCUCAGCCGCGGCAACUGUAAUCGCAGUCAUCAAAAUGACGAUGCUGCUGUCAGUAUUCAUAACAAUACGCCGCCGCCGCCGUCAACCUCUAAAGUUGGUAACUUUCAACCGAAAAUCGAUUGCUUUUUUAAUUUUAAUAGUAAUGGUAGUAUUAAUAGUAAGGGCAUUUGUAGUGUUGUAAAUAGUGAUGCCGGUGUUGGUGGUGGCGGCGGCGGCGGCGGCGGCGAUGCGGCUGAGCUAUUACCCGCCGGUGAACCUAGCCUACAACAAGAAUCACCAUCUAAGCCCUUAUCAGAGAGAAUGCGUCCACAAACCCUUCAGCAGGUAGUCGGCCAAGACCACAUAUUAGGCCCAACUUCUGCCCUCCGGUCAGCAAUUCGGUCUUGCCGUCUCCCCUCUCUGAUCCUUUGGGGCCCUCCCGGAACCGGCAAGACCUCUAUCGCCAGAGCCAUCGUGGCUGAUGCCAAUGCCAACUGUAACUCUUCUCCUGAUCCUUUGGGUGGCGCCAUUCCUCCAUACCGUUUUGUUCAGAUUUCAGCUGUGAAUGCUGGUGUUAAGGAUGUUAGAGAUGCUGUGGAUGAAGCUAAGAACUGGACCAGGUUGAUGAAGAAGAGGAAGAGUAGUGGGUCUCACAGGAUCAUAACCAGGACAGUUCUUUUCAUAGAUGAAGUACACAGGUUCAAUAAGGCUCAACAAGAUUCCCUCUUGCCUGUGAUUGAGGAUGGUAGCGUUAUUUUUGUUGGGGCCACCACGGAGAAUCCGUCCUUCCACUUGAUCACUCCAUUGCUGUCCCGUUGCACCCUGCUUGUCCUUAAUCCCCUCCAACCUGAACACAUUUCUACCCUUUUGAAUAGGUCAGUGUCGGAUAUCAGCAGAGGAAUCCAAUUAGGGCUCAAAUGGAAGAAAGUGCAAGUGGAGGAUGCGGCCAUAGAGUUUCUUUCACAGCAUUGCGAUGGUGAUGCCAGAGUGGCGCUGAAUGCCUUGGAGAUUUCAGUUACCACUGCUGCUGCUGCUGCUUUACCUGAACGGGCAGACAAUCGAGACAUUGUUGAUGAUUCAGUACUUUUGGUUCGGACUAGUCAUGUUGAGGAAGCUUUGAGUAGUAAGCAUGUUGCUUAUGAUAGAGAUGGCGAGGAGCAUUACAACCUCAUUAGUGCUCUUCACAAGUCCAUGAGAGGAAGUGAUCCAGAUGCUUCCAUAUAUUGGCUUGCUAGAAUGUUGGAAGGAGGAGAACAGCCGCUAUACAUUGCACGCAGACUUAUUCGGUUUGCUAGUGAAGAUGUUGGCUUGGCUGAUUCCUCUGCCCUUACUCAAGCUGUGGCUUGUUAUCAAGCUUGUCUCUUUAUCGGCAUGCCAGAGUGCAAUGUUAACCUGGCUCAGUGCGUUUGCUAUUUGGCUCUGGCUCCAAAAUCGGUAGCAGUGUACACAGCCAUCAAAGAUGCACAGAAGUUAGUUAGAGACUCUGUUGGACAGAAUGAAGGGGUUCCCCUUCACCUAAGAAAUGCACCUACUAAGCUGAUGAAGAAUAUUGGAUAUGGAAAAGGGUAUGUCUAUCCUCCCGGGUGUGAUGAGUCUGAUCCGGAUUUGCUGUCCCAGACUUACAUGCCGCCAUCUCUACAAGGAUAUAAGUUUCUUCAUUGGCCAAAAUCUGCAGCCAAGAAGAACGGAAAUUGA